GGUGGCUUGCGCCCUUCUUCGCCCGUUCUUUGUGUGACUGUGAGGUGCCGUUCACAGUAGACCCAUCGGGCAAACAACAGGCUGUGGUCAUGGGCAAUGCGACAGGCAGCACGGUGGAUGACCUGCAGGCAGUGGAGAUGCACUUGUGGUACAAGAAGUUCAUGAUAGAGUGCCCGUCGGGUCAACUCACCCUGCACGAGUUCAAGCAGUUCUUCGGCCUGCGCGGUCUCGACACGGGGGCCAACGCUUACAUCGAGCAGAUGUUCCGCACCUUCGACAUGAACAAGGACGGCUACAUCGACUUCAUGGAGUACGUGGCGGCGCUCAGCCUGGUGAUGCGCGGCAAGAUGGAGCACAAGCUGCGCUGGUACUUCAAGCUCUACGACGUGGACGGCAACGGAUGCAUCGACCGACACGAGCUGCUCAACAUAAUCAAGGCCAUUCGCGCCAUUACAGGCAACGAGAACCAGGAAGUGACCGCUGAGGACUUCACCAACAGCGUCUUCGACAGGAUCGACAUCAACGGCGACGGCGAGCUGUCGCUGGAAGAGUUUGUGGCGGGCGCUCGCUCCGAUGACGACUUCAUGGAGGUGAUGAUGAAGAGUCUGGACCUGGCGCACAUCGUGGCCAUGAUCCACAGCAGGCGGCACAGCGUUUAGCCAAGUCAAUUUGAAUAGAAUAAACAAGUCCGUAUAUGCCCAGACCGGGAAAAAAAAAAAAGUGGUUAUCGGGUCUAAUGAUUACAAUUGUCCCUUACGUCUGGCCAGUUGCAUUCAAACAGAAUCCAGUCGCAAGCGAGGGAUUCAGUGGAUACAAAUUAACAGGCACUGAUGGGAACACGUUUGUACUUUAGACAUUUUUAUCUAAUCACACGAGUUGCUGCCGCCUGUUACUCAAAGUAGAAACGGAUCAACGACAUGGGCCGCAUUUGUGACUAGUGCCUUUUGGUUUGCUCGUUUGUACAAUAAAGUUGCUUGAUCACCCAA